GAAGAGAAUCUUUCUCAUUUCUUUAUUACGUCCAAAGGAGAGACAGUACCAUCUUCAUCAUCAUCAUCACCACCUCUCUCUCUCUCUCCCUCUCUCUGAGAGAGAUUUCAAAAGCAGACCGUCCUCUUCUUCAUCACGUUCAUACUUCACCGGCUACCGGAGAUGGAGAUUCGGGAGAAGCUCCUCAAGUUCAGGUUCCACAUCGUCUUCGCCUUCGUUUUCUCUCUCCUCACUUUCUCUCUCGUCACCUACUCUCCCGGUUUCCUCACCGUCUUGUCCUACUUCUGGCCUCUCCUUCUCUCCACUGCUCUCUUCCUCGCCGCCGUUCUCUUCUUCGCUCGCACCUCCGGUAACUUUCCGGCGACCUCCUCCGCCGCCGGAGAAGGUAGCUUCGCCUUCAAGGCCGCGGCAGAGGGCAUCCUCGACUACGUCGUCUCCGGUGAACUCGAAGAGCCACUCCUCCACACCAGCUUCGCUAAUCUCGACUAGUUUGAAUUGCACGUGAUCUGUUUGUUUGUUUCUCCUCUUUUUUUUUUUUUGGGAAUGUUAGAGAAAUUUUAAAAAAUGUAAUAUUUACGGAGAAUAAAUCUUGAUUUACGUGAUUUUAUUUAUUUUUUA